AUGCGUCUUACGAGGAAACCACCCGAGGUGCUAAAAAGCUUUUCGGUUGAGGGUAUGAUGGUUAGUACACCACGAUCAACUUCAACAUCAAACUUAAAUCUCGUUAAUUCACCAAUAUCUUCUGUCCGUCGUCCACUCUCGGCCGAUGAAUCAGAGGAUGGUUUUUGUAUAGUGACGAACAAGAAAAAACAAAAACAAUCUGCACUUAAUGACCCUCAAGCAUUAAAAGAUACUGAAUCAUCUCGUGGUAAUCCAAUUCCACUUAAUCUCGCUGUUAUUGAACUUGAUCAAAAUCAAACACGUGCAGUUAUUGAUAAUCAACAUCGGUCAUCUUCUAAUAAUUUUGUCAUUACUAAUGAAUCAACACGUUUUGCUCAAACAAGAUACCCUUUUCCUCCAUUUGUUUUACGUUUUGGUUCAGGAAAAGUUACAAGUAAUCUAGUUAAAGAAGGUAUUAUUGAUCAUUGUAAAAAGAUUCAUCAAGUUGAUAUUCAAGUAAUAAACUGUCGCUCAUCAAAUAAUAUUCUCUUCAAUAAUGAAUAUGACAUUCUUUUAUAUAUGAAAGAUGCUGUUUCUUUUUCUUUUUUAUUUGAACAAGCUCAUUGGCCUAAAGUAUUAGAUAAUGAAAAAUAUUAUUUUCCUUCGUCUCCAGCUAUUCCACCGCAACUAUGUUUAUUAAUUAAAAAUGUUGAUUUACGUAUUGACUUUGAUGAAUUCUGUAAUGAUAUUAAAACUAAUUAUCCUCAAGUUAAAAAUACAGGGUGGUCCACAAGUCUCCGGGCAGUCUUAUAUCGCGAAUAA